CUGAGAGAGUGUAGCUGGCUGUUUGUUCUUUUUCCAUCUGGAGGACUAAUUGACUAAUUUGCCUGCAAGCAUCCCUGCCAACUUGAUUCCUGACACUGAAGAUGUCUGGAAACCAAAGCAACACAAGUGAAGACCAUUGUGAUUUCGACGAUAGUUUAAUCUUCACUCUGGUUCCACCCUACAUCCUGGUAAUAAGCGUGCUUGGAAUCAUCUUUAAUGCGUUGGUGCUGAUGGUUUUCUGCCUCCACAAGAAGGCCUGCACUGUGGCUGAGAUAUACCUGAGCAACUUGGCUGGAGCUGAUCUUACUCUGGUGUGCUGUUUGCCCUUCUGGGCUGAAUAUGCAAGAAAGAGAUACGACUGGCGUUUCAGUGAAAGCCUGUGCAAAUUAUCAUCAGCUGUUAUAUCCAUGAAUCCGUUCUGCAGUAUUUACUUCCUUGUUAUGGUUAGCAUAGAUCGUUAUGUGGCACUGGUGCACCCGCUUUCCCAUGAGAGGAUAUGCAGACCAUUUUAUGCCAAACUGGGAUGUCUGUUUGUGUGGGUUUUUGGCUUGGUCUUUGCUCUCCCCAUAUUCAUCUACAGGAAGUUAGAAUUCAACUCUCAGUCAAAUCUUACUCACUGUUUACCUGACUUCACUUCACCAGAUCAAUAUCUGAUGUAUGACGUGAGACCCAUAAUAUUCAGGUUCAUCAUCCCUGUUAUCAUUAUUUUGUUCUGCACUGUCAAAAUUAUUCAAGCUCUGAGAAAGAGGCGAAUGGAGGGUUUAAACCCACAGAGAACAGAGCAGAAGACCACAACUCUCAUCCUGGCAGUUCUGCUGGCAUUCCAGAUCUGCUGGGUGCCAUUCCACGUGACAAAGAUACUAGAUGUGCUCCAAUACACUCGCAUUCUGAAAUGUCACAUCACACUGAUCAUCUUCCAUCAGGUCUCUGUGUACUUUGCCUUCUUCAACAGUGUCCUUAACCCCAUUCUCUACAUCAUUAUUGGAAAAAGCUUCCAGAACAGAACAAAGGAAUUCGUCAAGCAAUUAACUGGCAAUUAUUUAUCCGAGCAUUAGGAGCCUUUGUGUUCAGAUAUAUAUUCUUACAUUAGCAGCGUAAUGUGUGAUCUUAGAGAGAAGACGCUAUA